UGAUAAUCCCAAAAAUUCUCCCUGGACGCAGGUAGAUUUGUUCUUGUCAUUCGUUCCUCUUCAUCCACAAACAGCCCCACGUCAUUGCCCCCCCCUGCCAAGUACCAUCCAACCAAAUCUUGCCGACCUUCUGGUUUAUCACUUGAACUUGUGCCCCAGAAGACGACCGGAGGUAUGAACCUUUGUGACCAUUGUGGUUCCUAUUGAUACUGCCUUCAAGCCAGCCUGCCAUCCAGACGCCAUGUCUGACUUUGUUGAAAAAUUGUACAACGUAUUCGCCAGCGUGACUGGACGAGAGAAAAUCGGCCUGAUUGACCUCAAUGCUCCAUCAUUAUAUGUCGCUGCCGCCUCGAUUGCGUUUAAUCCUAUCUUUUGGAACAUUGUCGCGCGUUUAGAGUAUAAGACACAUGUCCUGACUAAGAUCUUUCGAUCGCCGUACUACGGAUGUUACGCGUUAGCAGUAACCAUCUUUUCCAUUGGCAUCAUCCGCGACCAUUUCUACACGCUUGCUCUGGACGAUCAACCUGUCUACCCCCUCUUGCACCAGCCGGAACUUGGUGCUGGCCUGUUUCUGGCAGGCAAUGUCUUGGUACUGUCAAGCAUGUGGGCUCUGGGAGUCACCGGAACCUAUCUGGGCGACUACUUUGGCAUUCUGAUGGAUGAGAAAGUUGAAGGAUUUCCCUUCAACGUGACAGGAGCUCCCAUGUACUGGGGAAGUACCUUGUCCUUCCUCGGCACUGCACUCUACAAGGGUCGGACAGCAGGUCUCUUGCUGACCUUGGAGGUCUUUGUCAUGUAUUUAAUUGCUCUGCAAUUCGAAGAUCCCUUCACAGCCAACAUCUACGCCCAGAAGGAUGCUCGGCCAGUCACUCGAUCAAUGACCAAACAGAAAGACCGAAAGAAAGCUUGAGUCGGUCAAGAGCUUGUCACACGCAUGGUCUGUUAAUAGACUCUCCGGGCGAGAAUCACGGAUCACGUGUCGUAUGUUACCAGGACUUGUCUGCAUGAAGGUAUUGUUCGUCAGUCUGGUGUGGCGAUGGAGUCAACCCCCAAAAGCUGGAAGAUUUUGCAAGGUGUGCAUCAUAAGCGAGAGCAAUUCAACAAUAGCUCUUAUUUGAAUCAACUAUUAUCUUGUCGUUGUA